AUGACAUCGGCAGACACCAAGGUCGCUGACCUCCAAAAGAAUACGGUCGAGAUAGACAACAAGAAGCAUAUGACUACCGACUAUGGGAUCAAGAUCUCGAACACGGAUAACUGGCUGCGCGUAGCCGAUGAGAAUCACAGUGGCCCCUCGUUGCUAGAGGAUCAGAUUGCUCGGGAAAAGAUUAUGCGCUUCGACCAUGAGCGUAUUCCAGAGCGUGUUGUCCAUGCCCGUGGUACAGGGGCCUUUGGUACAUUUAGACUCCACAAGAGCGCGAAAGAUUACACCACAGCAGGUGUCUUGACAGACACUUCCCGGGAGACCCCAUUAUUCCUGCGCUUCUCGACUGUACAGGGAAGCAAGGGCAGUGCAGACACCGUUCGGGAUGUCCGUGGUUUCGCAUUGAAGAUGUAUACACCCGAGGGUAAUUGGGAUAUCGUUGGGAACAACAUUCCAGUUUUCUUCAUCCAAGAUGCUAUGAAAUUCCCGGACGUUGUCCAUUCCGUGAAGCCGGAACCGCAUAAUGAAAUUCCCCAGGGGCAGAGUGCACAUAACAACUUCUGGGAUUUUGCCUAUAUGCAUACAGAAACUUCGCACAUGCAACAAUGGAUCAUGUCUGACAGAGCAAUUCCUCGCUCGUACCGGAUGAUGCAAGGAUUCGGUGUCAAUACCUUUUCCUUGGUUAAUUCCGAGGGCAAGCGUCACUUUGUGAAGUUUAUCUUCACCCCUGAGCUUGGAGUUCACUCCUUGGUAUGGGAUGAAGCUUUGAAGAUCGCUGGUCAGGACCCGGAUUUCCACCGCAAGGACCUUAUGGAUGCCAUUGAUGCCGGCCAGUUCCCCAAAUGGAAGUUUGGAAUGCAGAUUAUUCCCGAAGAAAAGCAAGAUGACUUCGAAUUCGACAUUUUGGACGCGACCAAGAUCUGGCCUGAGGAUCUGGUGCCCAUCGAGUACUUUGGUGAACUUGAACUCAACCGAAAUGUCGAUGAAUUCUUCCCUCAGACUGAGCAGGUUGCGUUCUGCACCAGCCACGUCGUACCUGGCAUUGAUUUCUCCGACGAUCCUCUGCUUCAGGGCCGGAAUUUCUCGUACUUUGACACGCAGAUCUCCCGCUUAGGCCCUAAUUGGCAAGAGUUACCGAUCAAUCGACCAGUAUGUCCAUAUCUGAGCCUUGUUAACCGUGAUGGAGCCAUGAAACACCGCAUCACCAAGGGCAAGGUCAACUACUGGCCCAACCGCUUCGAAGCCAAUCCUCCCGCGCCAGAAUCCGAGGGCGGUUUUACUUCGUACCCUGAGAAGAUACAGGGCAAGAAAGCUCGCAUGCUUUCUCACAAGUUCAAGGAGCACUACAACCAAGCGCAACUGUACUACAAUUCUCUCUCUGAUAUCGAGAAAACUCACUCGGCCAAGGCAUUCUCGUUCGAGCUGGACCACUGCGAUGAUCCUACGGUCUACAAGCGCAUGUCGGAGCGUCUGACUUACAUCGAUCUUGACUUAGCACAGACCGUUGCGAAGAAUGUAGGCGGUGAUAAGCCCACCAAAGCUCCCAAAGAGAACAAGGGUCAGAAGGCAAAGGGCCUGAGUCAGCUGGAAUACCUCCCGGAAACCCCGACCAUUGCAACCCGUCGUAUCGCCGUCCUGUUAGCCGACGGUUUCGACUACACCGCCUACACGGCCAUUAAGAAGGUCCUCCAGAAACAAAACGCUUUUGUCUUUACCAUUGGUGCACAGCGCCAGGGUGUCCAGGCCGAAUCUGGCGAGACUGUCAUUCCCGACCAUCACUUCUCAGGCAUGCGGUCGACCCUUUUCGAUGCUGUCUUCCUUCCUGGCGGCAAACAUAUCGAGGCGCUUCGCAAGAACGGAGUGGCCAAGCACUGGAUCACAGAAUCGUUUGCGCAUCUGAAGGCGAUUGCCGGCUUGAACGAGGCCGUCGAUCUCAUCGCGAAGCGGAUUGACUUAGAUGCUGUCAAAUUUGCUGCUGCAUCGAAGGGUAAUGUGACAGAAAGUUAUGGUGUGGUUACUGGUCACGGAAGCCCCGGUGACUUGCUCAAGGUAUCGGAUGUGUCCAAGGACUCGAAGGGUCUUGCAGAGCAAUUCAUCUGGAAUAUUUCGAGACACCGUAACUGGGAGAGAGAGUUGGAUGGAUUAAGUGAUGAGAUAGCUGCUUAA